AUGGGGUUGGUACCAUUGGAAAGACAAUUAACACUUCCAUACACUUUUGCCACCCACCACCACCUCCACCGUCUUCCACCAUCACCAGCUCCACCGCCUUCUGCCACCCUUAUUGCCACCUACCACUGCCAUUACCUUUCAUCACCACCACCACCUCCACCGCCUUCUACCACCGUCAUAUCCACCCACCACCGCCACCGUCUUCCACCUCUAUCGCCUUCUACCACCAUCAUUGCCACCCACCACCGUCAUCGCCUUCUACCAUUACCACCCGCACCGCGUUUUACCACCGUCAUUGCCACCCGUCACUGCCAUCUCCUUCCACCACCACCACUUCUAUCGACUCCUACCACCAUAAUUGCCACCACCGCUUCCGCCACCUUCCACCACCACCAACCUCUACCACCGUCAUUGCCACCACCGUUGAUAUUGCCUUCCACCACCAACGCCUUCUACCACUAUUGA